AUGGCUGACGCUGCUCCCCGUGGACGUGGUGGUUUCGGUUCGCGCGGCGACCGUGGUGGUGACCGUGGUGGCCGUGGCCGUGGCCGUCGUGGCCGUCGUGGCCCCAAGCAGGAGGAGAAGGAGUGGCAGCCCGUCACCAAGCUCGGCCGUCUCGUCAAGGCCGGCAAGAUCACCUCUAUGGAGCAGAUCUACCUCCACUCUCUGCCCGUCAAGGAGUACCAGAUUGUGGACUUCUUCCUCCCCAAGCUCAAGGAUGAGGUUAUGAAGAUCAAGCCCGUCCAGAAGCAGACCCGUGCCGGUCAGCGUACCCGUUUCAAGGCUAUUGUCCUCAUCGGUGACUCCGAGGGCCACAUCGGUCUCGGUAUCAAGACCUCCAAGGAAGUCGCCACCGCUAUCCGUGCCGCUAUCACCAUCGCCAAGCUCGCUGUCCUCCCCGUCCGUCGCGGUUACUGGGGUACCAACCUUGGUGAGCCUCACUCUCUGCCCGUCAAGCAGAGUGGAAAGUGUGGUUCCGUCUCCGUCCGUCUUAUUCCCGCUCCCCGCGGUACCGGCCUUGUUGCCUCCCCCGCCGUCAAGCGUCUGCUCCAGCUCGCCGGUGUCCAGGACGCCUACACCUCCUCCUCCGGCUCCACCAAGACCCUCGAGAACACCCUCAAGGCCACCUUCGUCGCUGUCGUCAACACCUACGGUUUCCUUACCCCCAACCUCUGGGCCGAGACUAAGCUCAUUCGCAGCCCUCUCGAGGAGUUCGGUGAUGUCCUCCGCCAGGGCAAGAAGUACUAGGUUAUGGAUGAUGCAUGAUUUUUGUUCGACAAUUCCAAUGGGUUUCUUUUAAAACUUCUCCCUCUGUGCUAGGCGAUUAAAAGAUGGUUCGUGUGUGCGAGAGAAAUCUCAGCCAUGCUCUGGAUGUAUUUAUC